AGGCAGGCAGCGAGACGCGGCAGCACCAUGAAGUGGAUGUUCAAGGAGGACCACGCGCUCGAGCACCGCUGCGUGGAGUCGGCCAAGAUCCGGGCCAAGUACCCCGACCGCGUCCCGGUGAUCGUGGAGAAGGUGUCCGGCUCGCAGAUCGUGGACAUCGACAAGAGGAAGUACCUGGUGCCCUCCGACAUCACUGUGGCCCAGUUCAUGUGGAUCAUCCGCAAGAGGAUCCAGCUGCCCUCCGAGAAGGCCAUCUUCCUCUUCGUAGACAAGACCGUCCCCCAGUCCAGCUUGACUAUGGGGCAGCUGUAUGAAAAGGAAAAGGAUGAGGACGGAUUCUUGUACGUGGCCUACAGUGGAGAAAACACGUUUGGUGUCUGAUGGCCUCUCCCUUCCUUCGCCUCUUGUAAAUAGCCUAUGGCUGGUGAUCAUGACCCUCCUCCCUUGGCACAUCCUGCAGCUGUCACUGGGUUGAUUUAAUAUAGUGAUAGAUUUUGGUUUGUUAGACUAGUA